ACUCGUCUCCCUCCCCAAUUCCUCCUUGCCUUCUCCAAUCCCCAGGUCACACAGGGACAGUGGACUGACUAGUCACUAGGCCCAUCCAUCGGAGCCGGAGCAGGGUUCGUGCUGUUCGAUCUGGUUCCACCCAUGGCGACGGACAAGCACUUCAAAUACGUCAUCCUCGGCGGCGGCGUCGCGGCGGGUUAUGCGGCACGGGAGUUCGCGAAGCAGGGAGUUAAGCCAGGGGAGCUCGCCAUCAUCUCCAAGGAGGCUGUGGCUCCUUAUGAGCGUCCUGCCCUCAGCAAGGGUUACCUCUUUCCUCAGAAUGCUGCUAGGCUCCCAGGAUUUUAUGUGUGUGUGGGAAGUGGCGGAGAGAAGCUAUUGCCUGAAUGGUACUCAGAGAAAGGUAUUGAGCUGGUCCUCAGCACAGAAAUUGUCAAAGCUGAUCUUGCCACCAAGACUCUGACUAGUGCAGCUGGUGCAACCUUUACAUACGAGAUCUUGCUCAUUGCUACUGGCUCUUCGGUCAUAAAGCUCACUGAUUUUGGCACACAAGGAGCUGAUUCUAACAACAUUCUAUAUUUAAGGGAAAUUGAUGAUGCUGACAAGCUGGUUUCAGCUAUCCAAGCAAAGAAGGGUGGGAAAGCAGUGGUUGUUGGAGGAGGUUAUAUUGGCCUUGAACUUAGCGCAGCACUGAAAAUCAAUGACUAUGAUGUCACUAUGGUGUUUCCUGAACCUUGGUGCAUGCCCCGUCUCUUCACUGCCGAUAUUGCAGCUUUCUACGAGGCUUACUAUACUAACAAAGGGGUAAAGAUUGUGAAGGGUACAGUAGCUGUUGGUUUUGAUGCUGAUGCCAAUGGUGAUGUAUGUACAACUUUCGAAUCAUCAUUCAGUUGUAAAUUUCUAAAUGUAGAUGCAAAUGUUUACUUGCCUUACUUUAUUUCCUGCUCACAGGUCACAGCAGUUAAGCUAAAGGAUGGCAGAGUGCUUGAAGCUGACAUUGUUGUUGUCGGUGUUGGAGGCAGACCAUUGACUACUCUGUUCAAAGGUCAAGUUACUGAGGAGAAAGGUGGAAUCAAGACUGAUGCCUUCUUUGAAACAAGUGUUCCCGGAGUAUAUGCCAUUGGUGAUGUGGCCACCUUCCCCUUGAAGAUGUACAGUGAAUUGAGGAGAGUGGAACAUGUUGACCAUGCUAGGAAGUCUGCCGAGCAGUCUGUAAAGGCAAUCAAAGGCAAGGAGUCCGGUGAGUCUGUUCCAGAGUACGACUACCUGCCAUACUUCUACUCCCGAUCAUUCGACCUGGCGUGGCAAUUCUACGGCGACAACGUUGGUGAAACCGUCCUGUUUGGCGACAGCGACCCCACCUCUGGCAAGCCCAAGUUCGGAUCGUACUGGAUCAAGGAUGGCAAGGUCUUGGGCGCCUUCCUCGAAGGCGGGUCAGCGGAUGAGAACAAGGCCAUUGCCAAGGUGGCGAAAGUUCAGCCGCCGGUUGCCAACGUCGAGGAGCUCAAGGAGGAGGGCCUCCAGUUCGCCAGCAAGAUCUGAGACACUCUUCGUUUCAUGCACAUCUCGCGUCAUUUACUAGGUUCUUGUUGGUCGUAAUGUUCAUGUUGUACAGACGCUGCCAUGCUUUCUGAUUGUGAUGUCUGGACCGCACACACAGACACUUGCUGUACCACUUGAGAUUUGAAUAAAGUCUGGAGCCUCAGGGUUCAGGUAGAGUUUUUGCA